AUGGCCGCCGAGCGAGAGCCGAACCCCUCCGUCCUCGACGCCGUCGCCUCCCUCCAGACCUACUCGACCGCCCUCUCCGCCUUCACUUCCGCAUGGCGCUCCUUCUAUUCCGAUGCCACCACAAUCGACUCCACCCUCGCCUCCCGCCUCGAAGGCUUCUCCCAGCUCGAGCUGCUCUGCUCCGGGAUGGACGGGCCAGGCCUCCGCGCGUACCUCGCCGAGCACAGGGACGAGCUCCGGGACCCCGCUCGCUCACUCGAUGCCGCCCUGCUGGUGGCCCCCGACCCGGGGCUCCUGGUGCUCGCCGCGGCCGCGGGGUUCUGCCGCUCGCCUCCGACCAAUGGCAAGGCGGACGGUGAAUCCAAGGUGUCCUGCCGCCUGCUCAUCGACCUCCUCGACCGGAUUCGCGCGCUCGGCGUGAAGCCGUCGCCGGAGGCGCGAGAGGAGGCCAGGGCUGUCGCGGCGGACUGGAAGCGGAGCAAGCGGAUCGAGGAGCAGUCGCUGUUUAAGAAUGAGACGAUCGCCUUUCUGCUUCUCGUCGGGGUAUUUGGUUUGGUGGAGGAUGUUGGUGGCGCCGCCCAGGUGCUCGAUCUGGUCGUGUCAAUCUCGAGCCGGGAGCGCGCCGUGGAGAUCUUCCUCGGCCUUGGCCUCGACCUCGACAAGCAUCUACCAGUUCUCACUCAGGCAAUGAUAAACAAAGGCAAACAGCUCGAUGCAGUCAAAUUUAUCCAAGCUCUUAAUUUAGUGCACAAAUAUCCUUUAUUGCCUAUUCUUAGGUCAUAUGUGAAUGAUGCAAAAAAUGCUGGGAACAUGAUCCGCAUCAGGGGAGACGGUCCUGCCUCUCAGGAUGCAGGUGAUGCAAAAGAGCGGACAUUGCUCGGAGCAUUGCAGAAGUUCAUUAAAGAACACAAACUAGAAGAGCUGCCUAUUUUGGAAGAAGCUAACAACAGAAUGACACUAUUGGAUCUGCAAAGUGCAGAGAGAAAGCGAGCAGCCAAUGCUGCUGCUGCAGCUGCUCGUGAAGUAAGUAAGAACAUUCUGGACUCCAGGAAGAGACCACAGCUUCCAGAGAGUGCCGUACAAGGUUCCUUAGGCCAGAACACCCGCCCGGUAGGAACAUGGAGUCAGGAGCUCAUGUUAAGGCAGAGCCUCCCUACAGCUAGAGUUGCAAAUAAGUACCAAGCUGUUUCUAGCCAUAACAUAGUUCCAGCUACCGCUCAUGAUCCAUUGCUUUCUGUUGGGAACCAGCGUCCCAUUGGCAUCCAGAAUGAGACCCUGGCUGCUUCAUCUGUUCAGACUCAGUACAAUGGCGGCGUGGCAGACUUCUAUAAUUUGGCGUCGAUCAGAUCAGGUGGUUUGAGUGUUCCAGGUGCCAGCGCAUCAUCAAGGUCAAAGCUCUAUUCUGAAGACCCCCUUGCCGACGGCAUAUGUUGUUUCAAUGUGCAAACGCCAAGGAGCUGUGUAACUGAUUGGUACUCAGAUCACGCCAUCAUCAUCGAUGGAAGCAAUGGCUAUGCGAGAUGGGCUAGUUUUUGCUAA